AUGCGCAUGGCGAUAAACAAGUUGAGUGGCUGGUCCGUGCUUUAUGGGAGUCAGCCAGUCAGCUUGUUACUAUAGUGAUGUUAGACGUGCAGUAGACGUCGUGCCGUCAACGCGAUAACUCCGCAUAUACUCCGCGUUCUUUCAAUGCGCGUAUGGACGUUUACGAAUUAAACAAUUGAAUUAAAAUGUUUUGGAUACGCAUCGGAUUGUUUUUCGUAGCGUCACUAUAUCCAGCGAAGUCAGACCCUGGUCCCGCAGCUGGCUUGCAGCAUGUUGCCAAUCUAUCGCAUUUAAUAGGUAGUUCCAAUCCUAGUGGGUUUGGUACAAAUUUUUCGCCCCGAAUGGACUUUGCUCAAUGGAAACCUCUAACUGGACGCGGCGAUCCACUUCGAAAUGAUCCCACAUACGACUACGAACCUCCUGUUCUAGAGCGAGUUCAUUACUGGGCAGAUGAGCCUCGCGUGGAACGCGAACGAAUUCCUGAAAGGAAAUCUGAAGUUUUGGUGCUGGGUGUCUCUUCACGUAAGCCGAGUGUAGCCUCCCACCAACCUCCCCCGCCGCUGAAGAGGACACAUCGACCUCCUCCACCUCCUGCUCCCCCCAAAUUCGAAGACUACACGUACAAGUACAGUGAAUAUUAUCCUAUGACAAUACUUGUGCCUCCACCACCACCUCCACCGAGGCAUCAGCCUUCAAUCUACGUAAUUCCCGAGGAAAAUUUGUCAGGUCUUGUUUCGUCGCCUAAGCAACCCGAUAGACCAAUGAUAAUUAAAAGACCCUCCACGGUAACGCCAGAGCAUUUGUCAUCUUUUGCCGUGCAAGAAGCUAAUUUAAUAUACCAAUCUUCAACUACGAGUCAGAAUUGGUUUGUGGAUUUAAAUCAAACUAAAGCUCUGCCGAACACUCCUGUUACUAGCGACUACGCUGGAUGGGGUCCGACCACACCAUUCGACGAUAACGAUAUUAUUAACGACACACAUAAUUUUAUUUCAAAUGAUCAUAGCAUAGAGGUAUCGAAACCAUAUUUGUUUUACAAACCAUCAUUAUCUGUGCCACAAAAACCUCAAUCGGUACCUAUUCAAAAUCUUAUAACAACAUUUGUACCUACCGCUCUACCGCCCAUAGAAUCCACACCUAGUAGUACACAAGAGGCAUGGCCGUCCACGGAUACCACAUUUGAAGUUAAUACAGAAAGCCAAAAUGUAUAUGAAGGAGCUGCUACGGUAUACAAAACCACAAACGAAUUACCCACUACAGUAACUACACCGCCAAAACCGCAUCCAACACUUUUUGACAUGCUAUCCCCAAUGAUGUCAAUGCCACUUGCCACAGAUCCAGAUAGACCAGAAGACAAUUUAUAUGCUCAUGCUUCAGAAAAUAUACAUGUUUUUAAAGAACAUACAACAGAAGAUAGCGCUAAAUUACAUUUGAUGCAGAGUAUGCAGCCGCCUGCACCUGUUAAACAUUCAGACAGUUCUUCAGUAUCAGAAAAGCAUCCUUAUCAUGUUAAUCCUAACGUCCUGAACAAUUUGCUACAUGCAAAACCGUCCCAUGCACAAAAUAUCCACACGCAUGAUCCCUAUUUACAUAUGCGUUUCACUAAACCCAUGACUACAUCUACAACACAAGCGACCGUCUCGCAAGAAUCUAACUAUUCUACGGAAGUCCCAACAGUACCUAUGUAUUUAAUUAUACAAGGACAUUCGAAAGUUAAAACAUACAGUUCCAAGGCAAAGAAUAACUUGCAAGAAACGUUACAAAACGACAUUACUAAGCACAGAGAAACAAAUGAAGUUAAACACUUACAUCCGAUAAAAGAAAAACAUUCUAAAAAAUUAGAAAAAAAUAGCGUGACCCGUAACGGUAAAGCUCAGGAUUUAAAAUCUUUAAUUGAUAACGGUUUGGGAUCUAUAGAAAUCCAAGAGACCGAUGUAGGUAUAAAAUAUGAUGUAAGUGAUGGAAGCAAAGUACCCGUUGAAUUAUAUAAAAAAGGAAUCGUAGACAGCGAUGAAAAUGACUAUAGCUCCAACAAUAAAACUAAGAGAGUGAAGCGUCAAAUUCAAUUUCAAGAUGUAUUAAAUUUUCCCAACGAUUCCAUCGAGGAGUACUUUGAAGAGUUUUUAAAUAAACAAAAGAAUGAGAAUUUAAGUGCCCAAGUUGCAAAUGAAGAAGCCGCGGGUUAUAAUGAUGUAGAAGAAGAUGACGAGGAUUCAGACGAAGAAGACGGCGAAGACAGGUGAAUGAAGGAAGACAUUGAAGAAAUGGUAAACUAAUCAUAGCACAAAACCAAAAGACCGAUCUUUACAAAAAAUUUAGUUACCCCGUUUGCAUAUCUUUUACAUAACUCCAUCAUGGAGUUGACUAUAUGUCUUUUCAAAUGAAAAAUACCAUUAACAGGCGAUAAAUAUUCAGGUUAAUGUUGUGUUGAAAAUGAUGUUGUCGAAAUUUACACUUAUUACAGUACAAAUACAAUUCGAUAACAUAAGUAAUUAAAAAGGCUUUAAUAAAUGAAAAAUUCUA